AUGCCCUUCCCAACCCGCAAGAUUGGGGACGAUGAUGUCUCGGCCAUUGGCCUAGGCUGUAUGGGAAUGUCAUUCGGGUACACCUCCUUCGGCGGCUACGACGACAAGGAGUCUCUGAACGUGCUCACUCGCUCUGCUGACCUCGGUCUGACCUUCUGGGACACGAGCGAUGUCUACGGGCCCCACACCAACGAGAAGCUACUCGGCAAGUGGUUCAAGGAGACGGGACGGCGCAAGGAGAUCUUCCUGGCCACCAAGUUCGCCAACUACAUAGACCCGAGCGGCACCUUUGUGGUGCGCGGUGACGCCCCCUACGUGAAGGAGGCGUGCGCGGCAUCCCUCGAGCGCCUGGGUGUUGACCAGAUUGAUCUUUACUAUCAGCACCGUGUGGAUGAUAAGACGCCCAUCGAGGAGACAGUCAAGGCGAUGGCAGAGCUCAAGGCCGAGGGCAAGAUCAGGUACCUGGGCCUGUCGGAGUGCUCCGCCCGGACGCUGCGCCGUGCCCACGCCGUGCACCCCAUCGCCGCAGUGCAGAUGGAGUACUCGCCCUUCGCCCUGGAGAUCGAGUCGGAGCAGACCGACUUCCUGCGCACCGCGCGCGAGCUCGGCGUCAAGAUCGUCGCCUACUCGCCCCUGGGCCGCGGCUUCCUGACGGGGACCAUCAAGAGCCGCAAAGACAUCGAAGAGACCGACUCGCGCUGGAACCACCCGCGGUUCUCCGAGACGAACUUCCCCGAGAACCUCAAGCUGGUGGAGACGCUGGCCGGGAUCGCGAAGGCGAAGGGCGUCACGCCGGGCCAGCUGUCGCUGGCGUGGGUGCUGGCGCAGGGUGAGGAUUUCAUCCCCAUCCCGGGCACGAAGCGCGUCAAGUACCUCGAGGAGAACGCAGGGGCUAUUGAUGUCAAGCUGACCCCGGAGGAGGUGGCUGAGAUCAGAGCUGAGAUCGAGAAGGUUGGUGGUGGCAAGGGCGAGCGGUACCCACCUUUCUUGCUGGCCAAAUGCUUUGGUGACAGCCCUGAGCUGCCCAAGUGA